AUGUCUACACAACGAAAAGCAUAUAAGAAUCAUCUGAAAAGAUUUAGUAAUAAUUCAUCGUCAUCAUCUAAUAAUAAUAGUUCUUCGACUGAAUUAACUAGUUUGUUAGAAAUGUUCCCUGAUUGGGAAUCAGAUGAUUUAUCAAGUUUAUUGGCUGAACAUAAUAAUAUUUUAGAAGUCGUUAUUGACUUAAUUGUUAACAAUAAAGUUUCCAAAUGGGAACCAAUCAAAAAGGAAGCCAAAAAUAAGAAGAAAGAAAAGGAAAAUGAUGAGUUUGUUAAUGUGCCUAAUACUAAUGUUACUUCAAAUAACACAACACACGGUAGUUCUGCCGAUCAUGGUCAUAAAUUAAAUAAAUAUCACAAGGAGGCACAUCCAUCCAAUAGUAAGUCUAAAUUUAGUUCAAAGGGACCACAUAAUAAGAAGCCAAAUCCAAAGUUCAAUGGAAAGGAUUCAUCUCCUAGCGCACCAACUGCAACUACAUCUACAUCUACAUCUGGAGCUACAUCUGUGCCAUCUUCAAAUUCAUGGGCAGCAGCAUUAUCCAAGGAUGGAGUGAAGGUAAAUAACAAGUCACAUAAGGAAUCAAAUUCCCAACCAGAAACUGAACUUGAACCAGAACCAGAACCAGAACCAGUAGCUCAAGCAGGUGAAGAACCUGAAAUAAUCAUUGAACAGGCAACAACAGUCAUCGAAUCAACAGAAACACCAACCUCCACUACUAAACCAGUCUUAAAAGAAGCAACAGUUCCACAACCUAAGCAAGGAUCCUGGGCAUCUGCCAUUACACCAAAACCAAAGUCAAAGCCGCGCACCAAACAAGCUGUAUCAGAACCCCAAGAAGAAUCCUUUGAAUCCAAGGGUCAAUUUGAACAAGCUCAAGAAGAACCAGCCGAAGCGAUCAUUAUUGAAGAAACUACUACCACUAUUCCAACUGAAUCUAUUCCAUCUGAAGAAGCCAGUGAACAACCAGCACAAGUAGUGUUACCAACUUCAUCUCAACCAUUAGGUUCGGUUGGCGUAUCUUUCGGUUCAUUAUCAUUAGGAGACGAGGAAAAGGAAUCCCAACCAGAACAAGCUACCGAGGAAAUUGGUGCUCCAGUUGGCGAUCAAUCUCAACAACAGCAACAACAACGUUACGGCUUAUACAAUAACCAAAACCAAAACCGUUACAACCAACAAAUUUAUCAACAACAACAGCAACACGCUCAACAGCAACAUGCUCAACAGCAACAUGCUCAACAGCAACACGCUCAACAGCAACAACAACAAUCUCAACAACCUCAACAACCACAACAGCCUCAACAACCUCAACAACCUCAACAACCUCAACAACCACAACAACCCCAACAACCUCAACAACCUCAACAGCAAUACAACCAAAGUAAACAGCAACAGCAACAACAGCAACAGCAAUAUGAUUACUACAAUCAAUUCCAACAAUCCCAGUAUCCUCAACAAGGAAGCCAAACUUUACCAGGCGCGCAAUUUGGUGUUUACCCAGGUAUGGACUAUUCUGCUUAUAACCAACAAGCUGCUGCUGUCAUUAGCUCUCCUGCUGCUUCUCCAGCAGCUACUGCUAAUUAUGCGCAAUAUGCUCAUGCGGCCUCUCAACCACCAUCAAGCGGUGCUCAAGAAGGUAAUGUUGCAGCACAAUCUCCAAUUACUUCCCAAAUAAACCCAAACACCUUACAACAACAAGUUCCAGCAGCCCCAUUUGGCUAUCCAUACUACAACUAUUACUACAACACCCCAUUCUACGGUAACGGUGCCGGUUUAGGAGCUCAAGGUGGAUUUGGUAAUGUUGCUGCUGCUCAAGGUACCCCAACCUCCAACUCCAACGCUACCCCAAAUAGCGGUGUUAACAGUGGUUUUAUCGGUGUCGGUAACACCGGUGCCUCUCAAUACUAUGGGCAACCAAACCAAUUCGGUAACAGAUAUCCAGGCUACAAUUCAUACCCUCAACCAGGUCAAGCGCAAUCGGCGCAAUCUGGAAACCCAUCGAACAACCAAAGCGGAUCUGUCCCAGCUUCCCAAGGUGAUGCCAACGAUUCUUCAAGUGCUAGCAACCAAGCUGGUAAUCCACAAUCUCAAAUCCCACAACAAUCGCAACAACCACAACAGCCAGUUAUCCCUCAAUACGGUGGUUACCAACAAUAUCCUCAAUACGGUGGCUACCAAGAUAACAACCAAUAUCGUGGUUGGUAUUAG